AUGCGCCCGUUGGUGCCGACUUGGUGUACCCGGUCGAGCACGGGCACACGAGGGCCGAGUGCCACCAAGGAGCCCAAGGCCCGUGGAGGCUCCAUGAGGAAACCGGGGGCCUACUGCGGACACUGCAAGCGGCGGGACUCCCACACCGAAGACGAGUGCUGGGAGAAGCAUCUCGACAAGCGGCCAGAGAAGUGGAAGCAGCCACGCGCCGAAGAACCGGCCCGGCCUGCCUACGCUGCCGCGGAAGUGGGGGGGGAGGACGACCCCAUGAGCCCCGACUUCGACCCGUUCACCACCUGGGGCGCCCACCUACUGCCAGUCCAGGCGCCGGGAGUGGACGUGAUGGCUGUGGGGACCCCGGAGGACUAUCCGGAGGUGCGCCCUGGCAGCACCAUGGCGCAGCUGGACACAGAACCCGCAGCGCGCGCCCGCGGCUCAGAAGCAGAGCGCAUGCGCGCAAAGGCGAAAGAGGAUCGCGUGCGGCGCGGGGGGCCUCCCCCGGCCUUUGGCCAAAGGGGGAGCGGCCCCCACCGGACGAGGGAGCAGGAGAGGCAGCGCCGCCAGCAACGGCAGAGGCGCCUGAGGGACCGGGGCCUGCACAGACAGGCCCGGGGAGGGGGAGGCUCACGCUUCGGCGACGAAGCCGAGGAGGAGGGGAGUGAAGAGGAGGGGGAGGACGCUGAGGGGGCUGCUGAACAAGCAGCUGAAGAAGAUUACGGCGUCGAGGACAAGGGGGACGCAGCAGACCUCACCCCCGCUGAUCGCGCCAUGCAGACUAUCCCGGCGAGGUACCGCUACUUCCCCCCGGUGAAGCGGCGCUGA